AUGGAUCAGAACCGGCAAAGCCCAACACGUUUACCUCUACGAAGUGCGCCCGCCUUUCGUGACCUUCGCAACAACAUCCGCCUGAAUGAGCUGAACCAUCGGCAGCGUACGCAGCCAGUCGAAGCCGAUAGAGAUGCGGGCAGCCAGACACCGUACUCGAGGGCCGCAGGCAGUCGAUCUACUUUCACCACCUCACAGCAAUCAAAUAUCAACUCACGAAACGAAUCAGAGACGAAUGUUCUUAUUCAGGAAAAUAACGAUAUAGCUGCUCCUCUGAAUGGCGUCCAACCCGCUAGCAUCAUACAUGAGCACCGUAGUUCAGGUGGCGGUGGACCAAUGCAGCACUAUUCCCGCAGACCAAUCUGGGAUGACAUCUGGCUGCCAUUGGCUUGCAUCCAUGGGUCCAUGCUUCUUGAGCUCUGUUGUCUUGCUGUAUUGAUCUCAGUAUACAAAGUUCAUGGUGAGAAGGGGCUAUUCUCGGAGCCGCAAGGCUGGCGCGACCAAGCGCAGCCAUCGUAUAUUUUGCUUAAUGUGCCAGCCACUUGGCUGACUUUCGUGACAUCAAGAGCUCCGCAAUUUGCUGGAAUGCUUGCCGGACCGCUGAUGGAUUUAUGGGCGUGGAAGAUUGCACAGUCAAUGGUGGAAGCAAGUGCAGACGUUGAGGAGAACGGCUUACCAACUGUAUACCAGUUCAGCCUCUUGAUAGGUAUUGCCCUAGCAUCCUUCGACAGAUUACGUCGAUGGACGUCCUAUCGCAGCUGUCGUCGGCAGCGAAAGCGAGCUCAGCGAUCUCCAAAACUGCUAAACCGGGCCGGACUACUCCUUUACUUGUGGCUGUUUUUGAUGGGCCUUACAUUUGCAGCGGACACAUUGAUCCACUAUACAACCGCGACAAUAGAAUUCCAUAAAGUCUCACAAUCAGGCAACAUUCAAUCUCAAGGGCGCGGAUUAUCACAAAGGUGUCUCACCAUGGACCGUAUCGAAAACUACGGAUGGCCUUGCUCUCUCAACAACUUGGAGUCCGAAGAUGACUAUCUUCAAGAACAUAACGAAAUGCUUUUCCUAUCACACAAUAGUUCUGAGACGUCGGAGAUCCAUUUUUUCCAAAGCAAUGUAUCAAACUUUGCCAUGUUGCUACCGAAAACAUCAACCCUUUCUCCUUACGUCGACUUCCGGGCAUCCACGAUUGGGGUAGAGACCAGAUGCAAACCUAUCACUUAUCGUUGCAACCUAACAAGUUGGGGACCAAGCGACUUGUAUUCCAACUUCUCUUGCAGCCCAAAUUUCUGGGGUAUCCUUGGGAAAACAAUAAACCAAACUGAUUCUGAUCUAUCGCCUCUUGCUCUUAAAGUAGGCACAAAUCUAUUUGUCGCAUUUUUUGCGGACGAGGAAUUCAAAACGCCUUACAACACUGUGGGAUACAACACUACAACAGGAGAGCCAGAUUCGAGUGCUCCGAUUUGGACGGAUGACAAGCUACAGAAUGAGGUUCGAGUUACAUUUGCCGCAAGAUUUGCCUCAACGGCCAUCCGUGCCGGAACCGAUCUUUCUCUUGACGCAGGGUUCUACAAAGGUCCAAACAGUGUCUAUGAUAUCAUUCUGAGUUGCUCCUAUCAGUCUCUUCAAGUCAAUUACACUUGGUUCAAUGGUACAAUUCAGGAUAUAGCCUUCGAGCCCGUUCAGAACGGCACGAUAUCUGAGAUUUGGCACGGCCGCCACGUUCCACAUUCGGUCACGGGGGAAAGUUCCUCUCUGCAGGCCAUCCUUGCACAGGCUGCUGUGCAGCCCUCGAGCACAGCCUUCGCACAAGCCUGGGCCGACUUAUACUCGCCCGUCAUUAUGGCCACUGUCGGUGGGGUGAUGGCUGGGAGAGCAAAUGAGCUCCAGCAAGAGCGCUCACCUAUGCUGGUUGUAAAGCUUUGGAUUCCUGCAUUGACGAGCCUCGUUUUCUGCUGUCUCUGCUAUAUUGUUGCUGGAUCCAUUCUAGUCUAUCUUGCUCUACGAACCGCUUCACUAGGAGACUUCUCAGAUGCGAGGACACGGCUCGGCAUUUAUGGAAUUGCGGAUUGGGCUGCUUCGGCAAACAUGACGAGACAAACAGGCAUGCUUUGUAAAGAGCAAAAGAUAGAAAAUGAAGCUUUGUUGGUGGGAUUUGCCGGCGACGCAACCCAAGGCUACCAUUACGUUGUUCAAGCGAACUAA